AUGGUCAUGACUGAUCCAGAGACAAUUGAACCAGUUGAAUCAAUUACGAAAAAGCCAGCAACCGAAGCUUUUGAUGAAAAAAUGCCUGAAAGGCCUCCUAUUAAUAUAUGGCAAGAUUUUACAGAUGCGCUCAGGUAUUUGAUAUUUCAACCCGAAGCUAACCAUAUUGUAAUGCCCUUAGUGGUCUUGGCUGAAAGCAUUGCUUUGAAAUGGAUUAUCGCGAAUGUGGCUUAUACGGAAAUCGACUACAGGGCGUAUAUGGAACAAAUCUGGAUGGUGAAAGAUGGAGAACGUGAUUACUCGUUGAUCGAGGGAGGCACGGGGCCUUUGGUGUACCCUGCGGGUCACGUUGCCAUUUACAAGAUUAUGGAUCGCUUCACUUCUGGAAUGGACAAUUUAGAGGCCGGUCAAACGAUUUUCAGAUACCUUUACAUUGCGACGUUGUGUUUGCAAAUGGUAUGUUAUGUUCUCCUUGGUUUACCACCAUGGUGUGUCGUGCUAGCGUCGCUGUCGAAAAGACUGCACUCGAUCUACGUGCUGCGUCUUUUCAACGAUUGUUUUGAAACCCUUUUCGCGAUUAGCACCGUAAUGCUUCUUUUGAUCAGUGCACGAUUCCGCAGUCGUAUGGCCUGUUUUGCCGCGAGCGUCGCCUAUGGAGUCGCAGUCAGUAUUAAGAUGAACGCGCUUCUGUAUUUGCCUGCCGUGGUAUUGUGCAUUUUCCAACUCACACAAGGCAGCUUUCUCGAAACCGGUGCAUGUCUCGCCCUUGUCGAAGCCUGGCAGAUUUAUGUUGCGCGCGAGUUCCUCGCAGAGCAUGCAAACCAAUACUGGCCCACUGCGUUUGAUUUCGGUCGCAAAUUCAUGUACAAAUGGAGUAUUAAUUGGCAAAUGCUUGAAGAAGACGCAUUUCAACAUCCGCUGUUCCACCAUUCACUUCUCGCUGCUCAUUUACUCGUUUUAAUUGUUUUUGCAUUAACACGAUUCUCGAACUUCGCGCAGCUACGGGCUGCGGUUUCCGCCCCCCUCCACCCAUUUUCACGUUCAUUGCCUCAUACCUUCCCCACCACCCAGAGCAUCGGAUACACUUUACUCAUGACCAAUUUCGUCGGUAUCUUCUUUGCACGCUCAUUACACUACCAGUUUUUAUCCUGGUACCAAUGGACUUUACCGGCAAUUAUACACUGGAGUGGAAUCCCUGUCUACCUGGGAGUGCCCUGGUUCUUUCUGCAUGAGUUCUGCUGGAACAGCUAUCCUCCCAAUGAGCUCGCAAGCACUCUUUUGUUCACGCUCAACGCCGUUUUACUAACUUUGGCUUAUCUCAACGUUUCAUCUCCUGUUUCGGCUCAAAAAAAGACCGCUUGA